AUGAGGCGUGGUACGAUGGAAGGUCCUAUAAAAUUGACACAGCAAAGCAUCGUCGAAGAGGAUCUUGAUGAAUUCAAUGCCCGCAUUGUGCUUGGCUUCAGAUUCAACUCGUCGAAAAUGGAAAAACGUUUAUUGAAUACUUUAUCGACAUAUGGCUUCUACUACUCAAUUAGCAACCAUUACAACAACAUUGUUUCAAAAUACCACCUUUAUCAUCUCCAUCAACUUCUAUGUGAGGAGGUUAAAGUCGUGGCUAGCGAUAGUGGUGCGGCUACACGAACAUGGGGGUUGGGUGAAAAUGGGGUUACAGCUUCUACAAUAAGUGGGUGGGUGUGGAAUAGGGUGGGGGUAAAGUACACCUGA